AUAGUUCCGACCCUGACACGCGAUUCCGUGGAGCGGGGGCGGCGGCGACGAAGUGGAAGGCAACUAGGAGGCACCGACAGUAGCUCCCAGACAGUGACUCCGUGCGUAACAACAUGUAACCGGUGAAUAGUUUUCUCAGUCUUAUGUCAUCGGUGACAAUUCUUCGCCGUCCACGGUUCCCGUCGUUAACGAUUCGCGCAGGGUCAAGGAUAAAAAAAAAAGUGCGGUUCGAGAGGUUCCAAUCGGUGGCUUUUCUCGCGAGGACGAAGCGUCGACGAAGGACUUUUCGGAGCGGGGAACCGAGAGAGCCGGGGAAAGAGGUCUCAAAGAAGUUUCGCGGUGAAAAAUUUGGGGUGAGACCGAACGACCACCGCAUUAGUGCAAAGAGCGAGUACAGCAGAGCGGAGAGAGGAAAGCGAACGAUUCGAGAGAAGCUCGAUGGGUCGAACACACUCAGUGCUGCCAGCCGUAAGCUCGACGGAGUCGACGCCGCAAGCUCGAUGCAAAUCGACGUUAUAGAUGCCACACGAUGAAAAUCGACGAUCGUGCCGCUGAUCAUCCGCCCCGCUCCCCCGCGUCGUGUCACGGUUCGAUAGCCAACUGAACGUCGACGACCUCCGCGAUCGGCGAACCACCUUGACGGCCGUGGUAUUAUCUCCGCAGGAACCACUAACCUCUUUGGCCCGUGUCGACGAACUCGUGGAACUCGCGGGAUCCUCGUCCCGUGGAUAGGCGACAGAUAGAGAGAAAGAGAGAAGAAGGGAAACGGCGGGACGGAAUAUCGGUGGUCAACGACGGUACGCGUCGAGGAAGAGGAGAGCGUGGCUUAUGUGUCCGGUGCAUCCGACUCGCGGAAGUGCUGGGUCGACAAUGUCAAUGCCCUUAAGAUCGAUCGUUGCUUUCUCGAAACUGACUUGUUUGUUAGUGAACGGUGAGAAAUUGACUUCACGGUGAGUCGAGACUUAACCGCGGUGCGUUCGAGCCGAUCCCUUCGAUCAAACGUGUGCCACGAGUAUCGCAAAAUACGCUCGACGAAGAAUGUAAUCGCGCGUAACGUUUGAAUUGCUCGCGCACAGGGAGUAGUUUAGCCGUCGUUCGGAUAACGCGUUCGUUGGAGAUUUAUAAAAACGGUUGGUGGGACACGAUUCGCUGCCAGAAGAAGUAGUCUCGGUGGACGAGUGGCAGAGUAACAACAGCUCGUUGGAUGGAGUGAUGAGCGGGGCCCCUGCACGGGGCACAGCGCCCCGUCGUCAAAGACGUCAUCAUCAUCAUCAUCACCAUCAUCAGAAACACCAGAAGCAACCUAGGGAAGAGGAGUCGACGGAGCCGGAAGAGAAACGGCCGAAAGUGAAUCCGAUUUUUCUGUGGGCGUCGCAGCGCGAGCAGAGGAUCGUCGAGGUCAGAUGCGAGGAUUACGACAAAAGGAAUCGCAUCAAGCUGACGAAGACGGCGCAAGGAUGGCGUUCAAUACCGCGAACAGCGUCCAACAUGUACUCGGUCGGUUUCGGAGUCGCCUCCCAAAAGACGAGCAGCGCAAACUCUUCGAAUUCGUCCGACACGAACGACGGAAAAGGGAACGAGAAACGGCCAGGUCGCGCGACGCUGAAUCUUCAACAUAUCUCCGCGAAAGAAUUGACAAAUGGACGGACCAAUGGUUUGGUCACCAGGGACGGUGUUGGAAAGAAAAGGAGUUACGAUGAGAUCGAUCGAACUAGCCACCAUCGACGCGAUUAUGGCUUUCCAUUGGAUAAAAUGCGAGAUAACAGCGGGGUUGCGCCAACGUGGGACGAGGAACGACAAGAAGCGUCGUGUUCCGAGGAGGAGGAGGACGACGACGACGACGACGACGACGACGAUGAUGACGACGAAAACGAAGACGAAAUGGAAGAGUAUAGGUUCGAGAAAGACUUGGCCAGAUGCAACGGAAGAAGUAACCUUGAAAAGCUGCAAAAAGACAAACUGUUCCAGCCGCGAGUGGUGCUGGAACAGCUACACUUUUCUCAAUUGCCCGAAGGCGUUCAUCAGAAUGUCCUUCAGAGGCAAGGAAACGGCGAGAAGAGGCAAAACGAGGAUGAUGUUAUCGCCGUUGAAAAGAAACCCGUCGUAGAUAGCGAGAAAAGACGACGCUUGAACAAGGCGGGCAUUCAGGACAUAUUGAAUAUGAUAGACGCCACAGCCUCUCCGGUUCUAGCUACUGAUACACCCUGCGCUGAUUUGCCAGUCGACUCGACGAAAACCUAUGUGGUUCUCAACGGGAACCAUCAUGGCAGCUCCACCGAGUGUAAAAUCAAAGACUCGAAUUUGAGUAACGAUAACGAUCGCUCGAGGGCGAAUUUAAUUUCCAAUUAUCAGCACGAGAACACCGAUAAACCCGACGACGCUCUUGCCAGCGACAAAAUUGAGAUUCACGAGGAGAAGAUUCUUGGAAACUACGAUGGUGAGAACGAGGAAGAGAAAAAUCCUCCCGUCAAGGAGAACGUCGUGGUCGUUUCGGUAAAGAAUGCCUCGGACUCGAACUCAAAGUCGUGCAAAAUCGCCGAAGCGGACGGUGGCCUUCGAUCGAAGUGUAAAUCAAACUCUCAGCCCAAGUAUCAGAAUAUGGUGGCGAUAUUCGACGACGCCCCGUUGGAAGCAGAGGAGGAGCGACCCGACGAACCUGGGGAACCGAUCAAAAUAGACUAUAACGAUAGCUCGAAGAUUUUAAACGCCCUGAGGAACACCCCAGGUCUAUCUGUCUCUAUAACCAGAACACACACGCCGGAGAGCGUGAAAAACGUGGUGGUACCUGCGACGAGGCCAGCCUCGAAAGCGUCGUCGUCGAGCAGAUCGCCGGAUUCCCAAGCGGAAUGCGCCGAGAGGCUCUUGAAGAACGCCGAUUCCGCGACAGAGACCCAGCAGAGAACUUCCCCGAAGAAUCUGCCCGGUCUGUCGAUCAUCAUACCCAGCUAUCGAUACAGAAAUCCUCACGCUGUCGCCACCCAUCCGAUUUCCUCGAGUACGAAGGCUAGAGUCGAGUCUCCGGAGAGUACCGUGAAUUUCACCAAACACGAAUCGAAUCUGGACCGAUUCCCUCACGAGGAGGACGACGACGAGAGGGACAUCGAAGAAGACGAGGACGACUGCGACUCUCAAGUUUUGGAGGAUCUGAGACGCCAGAAAGCCGACUCGCUAGCUUACGAAUCCGAUCGCGAUUAUUUCCAAAGGCAAACCAUAGGAAAUUCGGACGGUCGGAAAACUCCCAUGGAGAGCGGGAAAAAUCAGGCCCAGGGUAUCAGCUCGAGCAGAAACAGCGAGGCUCAAGCGAAAUGCAAAUAUCAGGAUGUAGAACACUUCGACGAGCAGGUACUCGAGGAACUUCGAACUCGUGGCACGGUUGUAUCACCGCAGCCGAGUGGAAUUCCGUGUUCCCCAGCUUCCAGGAGGCCCUCGUCCGCGUACCUCGAGAGGUUGCUACCUAGUCCUCCCUGUUCCGUGUCCUGUUCGGAGGACGCGAAAAGCGAUCUAACCCUGAAAAGCAUCCUGUCGUCGCCGAAUCAACUGGAAGCGAGGGACUACGAGAAGCAGAAGGAGAUAUCGAGUCGUUGCGAUCAGGUACCCAGCGAUCAUCGUGCCGUUCGCUCGGAUAUAAAUCCCAAGGAUGCCGAGAAAACCGCGCGAAAGGGAAAUAGAAGCUUCCAAGAACGAUUGACCGUUCAGAGCCUAGAGGCGAGGAACUCUGGUAGACCGAUGUCCAGCGGUGAUAUCCAUAGCACGUACUUGGCGACGGAUCGCGCUGCAGUUAAGAGACCGAUGUCUGCCGAGUGGUCCACCAAUAGGCAGAAAAACCAAUCGACUUCCUAUCAGAAAUCCUCCGGUAAGCAUCGAAUACACGCGAUGGAGGAAGCCUGUGCCACGUCCAGUAGCACCGACAAGCUGCUCGAUCCUGCUAGUCAACUACGAGAGUUGAUCGAGACGUCAGGGCAUCUGAUACCCGAUCCACUUCUGGUACCUAGGGAUUACCUGCCCGGUCUCGCCGCAGCUCCAGCCACCGAAAUCCCGAAACUGUUGGCGUCCAGACCAGAACUGAGAUUACCAGAGGCAUUGAACAGGCCCGAUCUCCUGAGAGAUCCAGAUUUACUGGUGAUAUCCCUGGCUCAUCUCCAGCACGUCCUCGACCACGGCGAAGGUCCAGUCUCCAGGUCACGACAGUCGAAUCCGAGAAUCAACAACGGCACUAACAAAGGAACCGGUCACGCGAGUAAUGGAACGAGAAACGUCUCGCAAACGAGACCGAAACUCAGCUGCAAACCGAUCGGCACGCUAAUGCCGGCGCCCAUCGAUCUGUCCAGCAGCCGGCGUACCAGCCCUUAUCCACCGUUGCUCAGGGUACGGAGCGGAUUACUCAAGCAGGAACCGGAAGUGAGCUCCACGGCCAGCUCGCCCGACGACUCGCAACUCUGGCAUCCCCUUUUCGGCAGCCAGAAGAGGCAGCAACACCAGUACCACCACCAGCAACCGCAUCAGCAUCAACACCAGCAUCAGCACCAGCACCAGCACCAGCAUGCCUCCUGGCAUAGGACCACUUUAGCAUCUUGACCACGGUGACCGUGACCCUGGCCACAAGCUCGAGUAGUCUCCCCCGGUUACGAGGAGAAAGGAUUCCCUCUAGCGAAGGAAAACGUAUCGGCGUCGACUACUUUUGCGGUCGCGUCUCGAAAGAAUAUCUGGGAAGACCCCAUCGAGACGAUGGAAACACGGAAAGAGCCUUCAACGAUGGAGACCAACGGUUCCAACACAUUCAACAUCCACUCCGGGCGUAUUCGUCGUGAUUCCGUUCGUCAGAACUCUUCGCUUUGAUCAUCUUUGUUGCAACGGUUCCUCUCUGCGUUCGUCUCGGUUGCGGAGAGCUCUUCCCCGUUCGUGAUUUUCUCUGUUGGAGAGCUGGAGAUGGGCAAAAACUCUUAUCUAGAUAAAAUCUCGAAUGCACGAGCAAAAGAUACCCUUCGUUCGAAAAGUAGGAUUUGAAUUGUAUAAUGAAAUUGUAUAAUAGUAGAACGAACCAACGUCGACGUCUACAUCUGCUAGCUCGUAUAGACGAGGCCGACGCUAACAAAUCAAUAUACAGCAUUGGGAAUGCGUAUUGCGUUACUUGAAUAUUUAACGUGUUAUUACUUGUACCUUGGCUAAUAUUACCAUUGGGGAAAGUAUUUAAUAUUGCGUGAGUAAAAGUAUUAGUUGAUAUCUAAAGGAGUCGAAUGUCGACCAAUUUACCAAUCGUUUAGUGAAUUGGUGAGUGAUGCUAAAAGAUAGGAAGACCACUUAUUUUUUAAAAGCCUUUACAUCUGUUUAGAGGUCUCGAAUAUAAUAUGUCAGACAGAAAUGUAUGGACAAUAAGUAGACUGCAGAUAUUUAUGCAAAUUUAGAUUUGUACAGAUUCAGUUAAAGGAUUGAGAUUUUAAUGAAAGUAAGUAUGUAUUAUUUUACCAACAAUUUAACAUGUAUUUUGUUCUUGAUAUUUUAUAUAUUUUUCCAUUCAUGCACAUCCUUAUAUCGAUACAUACCCUAUUUUCCCACAUUUCCACUCGCCAUAAGUGCAUAAGCAUCCGCAGUCUAAUAAUAAGUCAUAUGUUAUGCUAUAAACAGCAAUAUUGUCGUGUUUCGUUCUGGAUCUGCUAGGUGAACUCAUCGAUAAAGCUUAUCUAACAAAGCCUGCCUGUGAAGUAAUGCUAUUAGUAGGUGGAACAGUUUCCAAUUACUUGGCAGUUCAUUAGGACAUAACUGAUUCGAUCAGAUUUUGUCCAUUGAUCAUCACUAGCGUCGAAUUUAGGAUGCAUGUAUGGAAUAUCUAAAUAAGCCUUACCCAUGACUCUGACAAGCAGAUCCAGGACAAAAAACAUUAAUAUUACUCUUUACCGAGUCUCAUACCCUGUGAUAGGACCUGAUAAUCCUGCUAUUGCGUUCUUCUUUGUCAUCUAUUAUUAAAAUAUUUUGCCCAUCUCUGCUGGAGAAUUUCGAUUACCAGUCUGUUUGUCCACAAACCUUUUACGCGAGCGACCUCAGUGCUCUUCGAGACUUAUUUUCGCGAGACUCCAUUGCGAUUACAUGACUAUGCAUUCACUCUUGACCUACAGUCUGGGACGUCAUGAAUUGUAAGUGGGCGAGGAAUGAAAAUGGUUAUUAUUCAAGUUUCAUCCAAGCAGGCAUGGAUCAAAACAGACAUUUUAAAUUUUGUUUAAAAUCAUCAAAAUCCGGAAUAAUGUUUAUGAAACGGUAGAACCAAAUAAUAUCGUAAGAAAAACGUAUACUAUUUAUACGUUUUGACACUAUUUGUCUACAUGAAAUAUUAUACAGUAUUUCUUUUAUGGCAGGUAAGAAGAUUAAAGAAGUUCAAAAUUCAAAGAAGUCAACUUACAUCAAGCUUUGACUAAAUAUACAAAAGUUAAAAGUGUAAGUAUUCAAAGUAUAAUAAUAAACUAUAUUACUAUAUCAAUUUCAAUUACAAGUUGAAUAUUCGUUUCGAUUACAUUUAAAUAAUAACCAUUUUUACUAUUUCAUCGCUUAAUUAUGCCCUCAGCUGUAUGUUUCAAGUAUAGUUUUUUAUUCCCACGAUUAUUUCCAAGAUAAACUUUCAAACAUAUAAUUUUAAAUAACUUUUUUAAACGUUACAAACUUGUACGCCAAUCACCUGUCUCUUCGAGGUUCACAGUAAUCGGUAGGGGUUUAUGUACCAACACUAAGGCAAGGAUGCGAUACAAAACGUUGUGACGAGACGAAUGUUUCUAUAUCACAUCCAAUAAGGCAUUUGAAAAUUUAAUGUUGCGAUUCUCAUCGAAAAAUUUACUUCCAAAUCAUCGUGUCAAUUCUGUCAGGUCAAUCCAUAGGUUCUUUUUACUAAACAUUUUUCGAAAGACUAUGAAACAGAGUUGCAAUUUCAUAGCUUAAAAAUAAAUCAAUCAAACAAACAAGGACAGUAUUAUAAACAGUUACUUCACUCCCUUAUUUUACCACUAGUUUGUUAGUUCUUUUCUAACAACAAAAGUACAAACUUCGUUAAUUUUAAAAAUGAGAAAAACAACAGUAAUAAACUACCAAUAAAGCAUACGCAUAUAGAUCAAUGGCGAGUAAACAUUGGACACAAACUCGAACUUAUGGCCUGACCUGCCAUGGAACCGCUACGAUGUUUCAGUUUUCCUAUACUGUUUCCAAUGCGAAUAAUAGACAAAGUAUUGCUGGCUUAGAAGAAAUUGGAUUUCGAGGCUCGAUCUCUAUCCUUGUAAAGUGGCAAAACGGUGUCUGACUCACUCGUUCCUUUAGAAGAAGUAGAUCAAUCUGGUGUAGCGAGUAGCAGAAGGUAUUUACCCGUAAAGAGAUAGAAUAUUAAGGUUCUGGUAGAGAUAGAGUGUAAAUCGAAAAGGGAAUGUAAAUAAGACUCACAUGUUUAUCUUGCUGUGCGAAGUGCAAUGUAUCAUAAAUGGAUUUCAUAGAAUCCCGAUGCAGACUCUGUACGAUAUGUAUCCGUUGGCAUGGGUGGACUGCAUAAUGGCGUGCGUUAUCUUUGAAACACAGUAAGAGCGUUAUGUUUUAAGUAAUUUUUGUUCGUUCGUGCGAUCUUACGCUUGCAAGAAAUGUUCGACAACUGAACUCCAAAAAAUUUGAAACACGAUAGACAUAAGGUAUACGUGAACCUGAUUGCAUUUUUCUAUCUUCCAUUGGAACUACGUUCUUUUUAUAAAUCGUUUAUCACACCAUUACAAUCUAUCAAAACUUCAAUAUUAUCUUGUGGUUUCAGAAAUAGCAAAAAUAAGAAAAAGAGUUUUACUUUGAAGAGGUGUUUUUAUCCCUGAAUCCAUUUGUUUAACUCCCAUGAAAAAUAACAACACGAUUAGGUUCACGGGCACUUUAUUUUUAUAAAUUUUCAAGUUUUUCAGAGCAUAUCAAUCGUCGACUUCACUUUUUAGUACGACUUAGCUGUUACGCAUAGAGUUGAAGAAUGUUUACCCCGUAAUUUUGGUUAUUAAAUGUGUAAUUAUUUUCCUUAACACUUUUAUCAAUUGAUCUUCGAUAUAAUUUCGAUCACCGAAGAUGAAUCAUUGUUACAACCAGAAUCAUUUUUUUCAUUGACACGAGGGACAGAAUUGAUUUUAUUUAUGCGUGCAAUGGUUGUUUUCAAUGAACGGGAUGGUUCUCGUUAGUGAUUGCUUACUAUCAAAGUUGUUUAUAGAGAUUGAGUUCUGUAUUUCAGUUCGUCGUUCUUGUAGUCUCCAAGAAUUCUUGUUUCGACGAUUAAACUAGAUAUUAUUGUUACUCGACCGUUGUUAUAAUAUUCUGUUCGUAUUAUAGGUAAUUAUUUUGUCGAGCAAGUGUGGCAAACGAUAAAGCAUACGAUAAUACAUAAGUGCAAUAACUUUUCAAAGUGGAUGAACAAAUCCUACGUCUAAGUCGAGUUUACACCCAAAAAGUGCAAUUCUGUAAUCGUACUGCUAUUAUUUAUGUAAAUUAGGAACGACGUUGCGAAUUUCUAAAGUGAUUCGAGCGGAAAGUAUUACAAGCGAUCGUAGACUAUAGAGUACAGUGCUCGUUAAAAAAAAAAAAACAAGAGAAAAGUGGUCAACGUUUGUCUCCGCUACGAAGGUUUAUUUAGAUUUGUAAUGUGAUACAUUAAAACGAUAUCAUUUUGAAAGUGUCGUGCUUGGAAAUCGAUAGCAGCGGAGCUUUCGUAUCGUUGGUCACGAAGGACUUAAUAUAGCUACAACUAAUUAGGUCAAAUCAAUUUUUAUAGCCUACAUCCGUUGAGGUUGAAACUGUACCGUGAUCACCCGUUUAUUACAAUAUUCUUCAUUGUAAUUUACUUAAACGCAUGUUAAAGGUUAUCGAACGAGGACGUGAAGAUAAACACGUAAGAAUAUUGAUUACAUAGAUACCAUGCGCAAUCUGUGAAACAUUAAUUAAAACCAACAGGAAAAGUAGCAACGUAAAUUACACAGCUGGACGCAUAGUUAACGAUCGACAAAAACAGCGCCUAGAGAAACCAGAAAAACGAUGAAUCUUCAUCGCCACGUCAAUUAAGUAACUUCAGAAGCGUGAAGAAAAUCCGUUAAAAAAAUUAACAAUAAUUGCGAAGUCAUUUCUUACCAAAUUGUUGAGAACAUCGAAACAAUUAUAGGCGAAUUACUUGAUUUAUUUAUUUAUUUAUUGAUUUACUUGUAUUUGUAGGAUUAAAUUUCCUAGUAGCGUUGCUUAUCAACUUGGUAAAGAUGAGGAGAAUGUACUUCUGAAUAUUCAAACGAAAACGUAGAGAAGUCGAAUAGCCGGUUUAAAGAAUUAAUUGAACAUAUCAUAAACUCCACUUUGUAAAUAAUUAUCAUUCAGCGUCGAUAUAGUAGUUUCGCUACUACUGUAAGUUGUCCGUCGUUCGUAAUAAAAUCUGCGAACGAUAAUACUAUUAGAAAACAUCAACUUUUUACGAAGAACAAAGUAAUCUUUAUGUAUGAACAAUAAAAGACACUGAAUUUUCCCUAUGCAGUGUUCCCUCGCUAUAACGACAAAUUUCUCCCUCGAUAUGAUGACACGAAUCAUCUUCAUCGCUGUUUAUCUUUAAUUAUAGCGAGCCACUCUUCGACUCAGUUAGCUUUGUGGCUUAAUAAAUAAAAUUUAAGAAAAUUAAAAUUGUCCUAUUAAAGUUUUAUCGAUAGAUCGAUGAGAUCCUCCUGACAAAAAUCAGUCGAAACACAACCUGAUUCGGACUGUUUUUAAUUUAUAUUAAACAAAAACGAGCAAUAAUCUAUAUUUAAAAAUAGUCUGAAUAAGGUGGUGUUUGGACUCGUUUUAAUCAGAAAGGGCCCAAAAAUUCAUUGAUAAUACUCUUGAUAAGAUAUUAUACAAAAUAUAUAAAUUCUGAUUUUCAUUAAUAGAUGACCGAUAUUGACGCUCAGUGUCCGAUCUAGAUAACAGAGGGCUGAAAUACAAUCAGCACACGAUAUAAUAGUAACAGCAGACCCAAUUUGUGACGUUUUAUCGAGGGAUUAUCGCGGGCCUGACCAUGGAGUGGGGAAAGAACGGCGUGGGACUCCCCUACGCGGCUCCUUCCCCUUUCAUGCGUCAGAGUUUUACUUCAUAAUUAAAUCGCAGAUAUUAUUUUUAGAAUCGACCUUUUCUGAACUGUUAAUUUUCUCAUAUAUUAUUCAUUCAAUUUGUACUUGUAAACUCGACUCCGACAAGCAAGAUUAAGGUUAACCAUUUCGGUGCUCGAUAGUUUUGACGAAUGUGUCUUGCGUGAGUGGAAUGUUUCGACAUCUAUGGCGCGCACAAAUUUGAAUAGUUUUCAGCGGAUUAAACCAGUAACAGUGGUUCCCAAAAUGUGACAUUUCUUAUGGAAUUUGGUGUCUUUUACUGUAAUAAUUGUAUUAAAUUAACGUGAAGAAUGAUAGGCAAGCAUAAUCUUUUUAUAAUACAUUUAUAACAUUACGCCAUUUGAUAAUUAGUCUAGAAUAAACUACUUUUAUGCUAUACAUAUUAAACUACGUAUAUUGCCAUUUUGCUGACAUCCUGGCCAAUGAUUUAUAGUAAACCAGCUACCAAAUGGCCUAAUAUUACUAACAUAUUAACACGAGGUUAUGCUUAUCUAUCAUUUUCUGCUUUUAGUAUUUCCACAAAAAAAUGAAAAAAGUACUUCUAAAACAUCAAAUUCUUACAACAAUUGAUUUUAAUAUAAUUCUGUUCUUUUUGAUGAGAAAAAGAAGACAAAGCCAGAAAGAACUGGAAAAAGGAUUAUCCUUGAUCCUAGAGAAGAACAGUUGACAACCCUAGUUGAAAACACGCAACGAGCGUCGUCCAAAAAUCAAUCGGGCGAGUAAACACGCCCGUGGCGUCUGGCAGUGGUCAAUUUAGAAGUCGUGUAAACACGUCCAUGGCGUUUGAAGCAUUUAAUCUGCUGUACUUGUAAACACGUCCAUUGCACCGAAUAGGUUGACACUUUCUAUGCAGAGAUGGGCAAACUUCAUUAGAACACUAAACGACGAAUAUAGCCUGGACACGUAGCAAUUUAUUCGGGGGUUAUUCAACCGAAUAGUUAGAUCUAUAUUUAUUCAUUGCGAAAUGAAUUGUAUUUCAUUCUGUAAUGAGUAGACUGCGGAUUUUUAUGGAUUUCUAGGAAAUUUGAAUAUACAACAAAUUACAAAAUGCGCACAGUAUGUAAUAAUAUAAAAAAAUAUUGAAAGUAAAGUUUGUAUUAUAAUAUUCGCAGGACAAAAUGAAUUCUUACGUAAGUUCAAUUUUUGUAGGAACGUUCGCGAAGAUUUUAUUUUGCAUAAAGAUCCGCAGUCUAGUAAUGAGUUAUCAUUUUAUUUUCUGAUUCAAAUUACAUUAUUUCUGUAACGAAUUACAUUUCAUUCUGCAAUUCAAAGUACAUUACUUCUGUAAUGAAUCUCAUUUCAUUCUCAAAUUAUAAUUUUUGUUUAACGAAUAAUGAAUAAAGUGGCCUACAAUGGUCCAUCUUUUAUUUGUUACAUACUCGAGAUUUUGAUCUACAUAAGAAUUAUGCCCAUCUCUGUUCCCCUACCACGACCACGUAUCGAAGGAAGAAAGAAGCAUGACCAUGCGCGUCUGAAACGACGAAAAUAGGUGCUAUUCGAUAGAGUUAAAGGAAGGCGAAAAAUGUAUUUCGGCGAGCAAAAAGCACGGGACAAACGUAUAGGUAGAUCUUUUAGGUAGAAAAAAUAUUUUACAUAUUCUAUACAUAGAACACACAGACGUACCGUAUAACGAGGUAUGCACGAUCGAGCGAAUCUAUGAAAAAUAACAUAAUUAGCGUUUUCCGAUAAUUGUCAAACGUUUGCGAAUUGACAUUGUUUAAGAAACAUCGAGUAGGAAUAAUAAUCACAUUCGAGUGAUAUAUUAAUAAUUAAACGUAUUUCGGUAGAAAUAUAACACAACUUUGAAAAUUUACUGGUGCACUCAGAGCUUUUCGUUUAAUUACAUUAGUUACAGACAAUUUACAAUGACAUUAAAAUGAAUUCAGCUAUAUUUGCUCAUAAUAGAAAUACCAGCGUUGUAAUUAAACUACCUUAAAACUGUUCUUUUGCAACUAUAAUAUAUUACGAUGACGUUGAGUACUUAAUUUAGUCAAGUAUUUAUAAUGCGAAUGGAUUGCGAGAUAGCUUUCACUUUCGUCGUACUCCGCCAUUAACGAAAACCGAUUAAUUCACUCCGAGCUGAUCCGUUGAAACGAGAAAUUUUCCAAGCAGUGUUAUAGAGUCGUCCGAAAAUUACAAUAAAUUUGCAUCGGUAGCUUAAUAUUCAUUCUUCGAAACGAAUUGAAAGAUAAUAUAGGAUUGGCGUGACAGAGAGACACGACGCGAGUAAAUAUUCAUCAAUCGUUUCCUACUUCGGGCAUUAUUCUUUCAUUCGGGCACGUUAUAAAUUCGCAAAUGACAGGUUGGCAAGUAUCGAGAAAGUCGAUCGUUAUCAAAGAGAAUUCGAAUAACGUACACGGCUGCGACGUACAUAACAGAACGGAGACCUCAAACAUUUGUACGUGACGGGGUUUCAUAACGGAAUUGUAUACUAUUAACACGCGUAUUCAAAAUAGAUGGUGCAUUCGAUGUCCGAUUAUACGUUCCCGAUUUGCAGUUAACAGGUUGCCGCGUAUCAAUGAUCUUUGCUGGACGGGUCGUACUUUUCCGUGAGUUAUGGACAAUGGAAAUGCCCUAUGUCACACAAAGUCAGACGAGGACUAAAUAAUUCAAUGCGUUGCGAGCGUUACAUUCUUAACGAGUUCAGGUAGAAUUUACUCGAUACCAUACACGUCACCAAUUACCACGACGACGAAAUGUAUUCGUAAUUUCUUCCGAAAGGAGAAAUCUUCAUAUAAAGAGACGCUUCGAAAACGUACAUUUGCUUUCCUGGAAAAAGACACCUACCGAUACUAAAUAUAUAUUUUUUAUUAGGAGAAAGGAUUCUGAUAUUUAGGGGAAGGUUGCAUAAAUUGGACUACUGUUAACGAUUCAAACGGAAUCCUUAACAGACCAGGUUUAUAAUGCGGAUGUGAUUUUACGCUAUUUUUUGAGGAUAACGAAUAAAAUUCUCCUAUUGUCUCCCAAGCGGAAUAGGUCAGAGGUCAAUAUGUUGUCUCUGCAAGAUUUAUGAAUGUGUGAGCGGUGAGAUGACCACCAUAUCGCACAUUUGUAUCAAACUUAGACCAUUACCAGCUACAUGCGUCAAGACUGAUGCAGACAUAUAAUCCUUAAUUUUCCGGAUUUGAAAUGGAACCCUUUCGGAAUUCAUCUGCUAACAGAGUGAACAUUUUAGAUAGUAGUCCCCUUAACAAGACCUCUGCAACACAAUUACUUUAGUCAUUUUCUUGAAUUACGAUGUAUUUAUUAAGUUCAAAAUGUUUUUGUGUAUUUUGCACUUGGAAACUAACGAAGAUAACGACUUUAUUUUUUCUAGAGAUAAAUAGAAAAGGGGGCUAAUCCUAUAGUGUGCAACAGAAUUUGUUUGUGGGUGACUAUUGGGGAGAAAAGGGAGAAUAAAUUUAUUUAAAUGGUAGGUGCUAUUAAAUUUUCGUUAUUCGCAUAGCUCAUGUACCAUUUAACUGUAGGAAAAAUUAAGUCGAUAUCUUCAUCAGUCACUAAGAAACUAAUUUGUAAAACUCAAUAUAGGACACCCUGUAUAUUACACUUUAAUAUCUCACUUCAAUAAGAAUAUUUUUGAUUUGUUGGAAAUAUUUACAAUAUCGAAAAUGGUCCAAUUUAAGUAAUUUUCCCUUGCUUGUUUCCUUUAACAGAAAUUGAGCUCUUUCUACAUAAAAAUAGUCUUGUCUUCAAAAACCGUGCACUUUAGUCAUAGGAAUAAACUUAAAGAGAUAUUUCUUGCAACAUGGACGAACCAUGUUUCACUUUUGUUCGAAUAACUUCUUUAAAAAAUUUGUGGAAAAAAAGUUCUUCGGACGUUGUUCAUUGUACUAUCAGAAAGUCCUUGGUUUUUCCUAUAACGAAGAAUUGUCUCAAGUAUUUCUAAUCGAACAAUUAUUCUUAAGAAGCAUUUAGAUAGAGACUGAGAAGAGACUGCUCGACAUCGUGUUCACUGCGAUCGUGGUUCACAAUAUUAAUUAUCAUCACUACUCCACACUACCACGUGACACGUGGAAUGUAUAGAUUUGUACUUGUUUGUUUAUUUAUUGUUAGGUAACAAAGAUAAAAAAAGAAAAGAGUGGGGAAUCCACGAAUGAAUGAUUCGCGGUGGAGAGAGCGGAGCCAAUUUUUAGAUCAACCUUGACUGUUUAGCCUUUAGAUUUUAUUAGCUAUAUAAGAACGACUAAAACAUUAUUUUGUUGAUAUAUAUUGUACGACAUUAUUGAUUAUAAAUCAUAAAUAAUCUGUAAAUAUAUGAGACCAAUGCAA